AUGAAAGAGGACUAUGACGAUGACGAAGAAAGGGUGUUCCAGAUGAUGUACAAAUGCAACAGGCCCACAUCCAAGUCAGAGAUAGUGGCAUACUUCAAGGGAGAGAUAGGAGGAACGGCAAUACAAGAGAUUUUGAACUACUUGGAGUCUGAUGGAAGAUUGGUGACGAAGACUUACGGAAAGACAAAGAUAUAUCUUGUCAACCAAGAUCUGUUUCAGAAUGAAGAGGAUGUCAAGCUGAGCACGGAGCUCCAAGGGUACGAGGAAAAAAUAAAGCUGCUUGCAGAGGAGAUUGGCUCUCUUGACGCUGAAAUCAAGAUGCUUGAUAAAAUGAUGUCUAUUGACCAGCUGGAAGAAAGCAUCGAGGCGCUGGACAGGACAGUUAAGGACAAUCAGAAAAGACUCGAGGGCUUCAGAGACGGGGGAAGAGAAGUGUCUAAGAAAGAGAUGGAUGGAGCCAAAAAGAAGUACGAAAGGGCACAGUCUGGGCUUAAGAAGGUUAGGAGGAUAUUCAACGAGAUUGUUGAGAGACUUUCUGAGGGGAUGGACAUGAAGAAAUCUGAGCUAUAUGAAGAGAUUGGGAUUGAAGUAUAG